GCAAACCAGGACCAAGCAAACUUAGACGCGCCAAAAGAAUCGUGGUUAUAGGGACUGCAGGCCUACCAGUUGACUAUUAUCAAAGUUAUUGCCAAUAUUUCCAUCACCACCCAAAUAAACCCAUACGCAAAUGUCAGAAAGGUAGCAUCUUAUUUGUGAAGCCAAACAACAUGGCUUCCUUGUUCAAAAAUACUGUCCCGAGGGCAGCAAGCCCCUUGAGGCUGCCAAUAAAACAACCUUCAAGUUGCCUUCGGCUACCAUUACCGCCGCAGAGGAACCAGUCAACUACGUCCCGGAGCUCAGCGUCAGAGAACCAGGCUAUGCCCCUGGGGCGAUACUACGACAUCCUCCUUAGCGACCCUCCACCAUACAGACACCUGAACCCCUUGAGGCCGCCGUCAUCCGCGGCCCAAGAACCUAAAGAGCCAGCGGAGAAGGCUACUUCAGCAAAACCAGCAGAAACCCCAGCCCCUUCCGCUCCUCCGACGCCAGCGCCGCCACCUGCAGACGCGGCCGAGAAGGCGCGCAUCGUGUUUGGAUCCCCGCUCGCCGGCCCGGCCGCACGUGCCGAGCGCCUGCGGCAGAUGCGCGAGAAGGGCAAGAUGGUGGCCGGCGUCCUGGUGCCCCCAAAACCUGAGGAGCCUGACCACUGUUGCAUGAGCGGCUGCGUAAACUGCGUCUGGGACACGUUCCGUGAGGAAAUGGAGGAAUGGGUGACUGCCAACGCCGAGGCGGAAAGGCGGCUGGCUGCUGGUGCAUCUCCUGAGUCGAGUGCUCCUGCUGCCAGCGAGACGUCGGUGAAGAAGACUUCCCCGAGUCCCGGUCAGGCUACCGUCGUCAGUAUGGAUGAUGACGGUGGCGGUUCUGAGACUAACUGGGAUGUUGGGGAGGUGAAACCGGCGGAGGGUGUCAAAAUCUCCAAGGAUCUGUGGAGUGAUGACCUCUAUCGCGAUAUUCCAGUGGGGAUCAGGGAGUUUAUGAAGCAGGAGAAAAAGCUGAAGGAGAAGCAUAAGCGCGAAGGCACCACUGGGGGCUGAGCCAUCUUGGGUAUGUGGAGGUUGCAGGAACAUCUAGUUGGUUUAUGAGGCAAAUGAUGCGCCAUCACUAGUGUGGAAGGGAAGUCGAGGCAUCGUGUAUAUGCUAGGUUUUAUAAUCCUAUCUGUUCCGACUCGGAGUCAAAUAUCAACAUGUAAUCCGUUCUGCAAUGCUGUCCCCCCCAUAGGCGAAUGAGAGGGAAACCCUAACAAAAGUGCGUCCUUUGCGCUACAAAAUACACAAAGCCGCC